CAGUUUUUUAAUUUUUUUAUAUGGCAGGAUCAGUGGGAAAGGGAUCUCACCAACGAGAGCCGACAAAACUAUGGAGCGAUAUGCAACAGGAGACAAGACGAGAAGAAGCUCGACUUUACCGCAUGGAUUUGAAUGUUUACAUGCUAACUAAAUAUAGCCUGUAAAAAAAUAGUUGUAGCUGUUACAGUCGACCUGCCUGCCUAAUCAGAGGACCAGAAUCGAAAGCAAUGUUUUUGAGAUCGAGAGAGUGGAUUAUGUUACAUGCUGAUUUGGAUAACGCUCGCGCUGCUACUGCAAGAUCUUUCCGACACUUGUUGAAAUUACAUUUCGAAAUCUUCUCCACAAGGGAAAGUAUUCGCUAAUGAAAACAUUGCUAACAACUAUAUUUGGGCAACGUUAGCAAAUAUUGUUUUAGUUUACAAAUCUUUAGCCAACGUAAGUUGCGCUUCUCUUCUGCUGUUCGUGUCGCGUUACGCGGUAGCUACUGUACGAGCUUGCUGCGUAGCUGUAAUUUUUAUCGAACAUUUUUAUACACUGCAUAAAAUGACAGUUUUGAUAGCUUUGAAGAGGUUGAAGUACUUAUUAUUUGUUAUUUAGCUACGCGUGUUGCCUCAAUUGACAAUGCAUUGCUGGAUACGUCCUCAAAUAACGUUACUAUUUUAAGCUAAAUUGUUAAUGAAGAAAAUGGAAGUGACAGGUAGCUAGCUAGCACUGGCACUCUCUCACGCUAGCUAGUUAACAUAACUAGCUACUGAUUGAGUUUCAAACAAGUUGUUGGCUUAUUAGUUUAGCUAACUAUUUACAAAUGUAAAUAUUUUCCCAUGCAUUGACAAUACGUUGGGAUGUAUAGAACUCAAUAACUUCGGUAAGCGUUACCUGCUGGCACCAUAAACACAUAUUUUGGAAUUUGUUUACAAACACUUGUCAACUGAACUGUUCACUAUUGUUAACUUAUGUGGCUAUCAAGCUAACGUUAGCUAGCACCGAACAUUUGCCAACGCGACGAUUUGAAGCAGCACUGAUGGAUUCGCUAAAAGUGGACUGACAAUCAAAACCACACUCUAUAUUUGUGCCCCAAGCACUCGCUUUACAUUUUUUAAGUACAAUUUUGAAACUGUGCGGCCCACACCAUGUCCGGAUCCCCGGGCUCGGGUGGCUCAAACCCCAGGAAGUUCAGCGAAAAGAUAGCGCUGCACAACCAGAAACAAGCAGAGGAGACGCUGGCCUUCGAUCAGCUUAUGACAGAUCUCACUGUCUCAAGGGUGCAGUUCCAGAAGAUCCAACAGCUACGUCAGACCCAGACCAGGGCCCAGUACUAUGGAGGCUCCCUGCCCAACGUCAACCAGAUCGGCAACUCUAGCGCCGACUUCCAGGGUGGCUUCCCAGGGGCCUUGGACAGUGUCAGGGGGACACGUCACCAUGGCCUGGUAGAGAGGGUGCACCGGGACCGCAACCAACGCAUUAACUUGCCUCACCGCCGGCCCAUCGACAAGCACGGACGGCAGAUGGAGAGCUCCCCGUACGGAACAGUGUACCUGUCCCCUCCGCCAGACAACAACUGGAGAAGGGAGCAGCAGCCGUGGGCCGAGGAGAAACGACCAGGAUUUAGAUUAAUAUCACAGCUCAACAGAACCAACUCGGACUCGGCUCUUCAUACGAGUGCCAUGAACCCCCAGGACCCCUUUGGCAUGAACCAGCAGAUGGGCAGAGGGCCCCCCCAGCGCAACGCCAGUGUGAACGAGGCGGAGGUGGACGGCUCUGGAGAUGUGUUCUCCUUCCCAUCCCUGUCUAAUGAGGAGGGUCUGAUGGGUGUCAGCAAGCCCCUGCCCAAGCAACUGUGGGAGGCCAAGAAGGUUCAAUCCCUCUCAUCACGGCCCAAAUCCUGUGAAGUGCCUGGAAUCAAUAUAUUCCCGUCUCCAGAGCAGAACGCAGGCCUCUCUAACUACCAGGGCUCGUUGAACACGGGCGGUUCCCUGCCAGACCUCAGCAACCUGCACUUCCCCUCACCGCUGCCCACACCCCUGGACCCAGACGACGGGCACCACGGAGGGGGAGGCUACCACCCCAACCUGAGCGGGGGCAGCAGCACAGGCAACCUGCCCGCCGCCAUGAUGCACCUCGGCAUAGGGAAUCACCAGGGAGGCUGGACUGAAGGAGGUCUCUCGUCCUCUCUGAGCAAUCCUUCCAUCCAGAACUCUCUCCAAAACUCCCAGCUGCACUCGUCCCUCAGCAAUCCCUCCAUCCAGAACUCUCUCCAAAACUCCCAGCUGCACUCGUCCCUCAGCAAUCCCUCCAUCCACUCGUCCCUCCGUCUGACGUCCCUCUCCAACCCUCCGCAGGGAGCCAUGAGCAGUUCGCCUCGCCGCCGCCCGGCUCCCAUCAGCCCCCUCACUCUGUCACCCGGCACCGAGCAACGGCGGGGGCUUUCCAAGCAGCUGUCUCCCACAAUGUCCCCCUCACUGUCCCCCAUCACACAGGGGGUUGCCUUGGACACCAGCAGCUUGCCAAUGGAGCCUCCCCCUCCCUACCCUCUCUACCAACAGCUACACCAACAGUCCCAGCAUUCAAUGGGGCAACAACAACAACGCCAGCAACAACGUCAUCAUCAGCAUCAACAGCAGCCAGUGUCCCCUCUGCAGAACAUCUCUCUGGACUUCAACUCUGGUCAUAACAACAUGGCGGCGUUCUUCAAUGACCCGUUCAUGGACCCACAGUUCUCCAGUCGCCAGGCCAAGGCACUGUCCUACCAGGUAAACCACCGGGGAGAAGUCUCUAGAGAAGGAUCCUCCGGAAAGGAGUUCAUUCCCUCAUUCACAUUGGACCAGUUCAGCAUGUUGGAGAGUGCAAUGAGCCAAAUUGCAGGCGGUUCGUGUUUCGACCCGUCCUCGCCCUCUUCCUCGCCCCUAUACUACUCGCAGGCCGCCCUCAUGGGCCUGGGUGGGAGCCACGGCAACUUGCAGGACCAGCUGCAGCAGAUGAGACCCAACAACAACUACAACUGCAGUGGAGGGGUGCCCAAUAUCAUACUGACUGAUGACUCCAACCCCAGUCAUUCCAAGGACAUCAGCAGUGCCAUGUCGGCCGGCCACAUGGCUGACUGUUUUGACUCGGAGGUGAGCUUCCCACUGGAAGAUGAGCUGCGCAUCGAGCCCUUGAGCCUGGAUGGUCUGAACAUGCUCAGUGACCCCGACAUGGUGCUCUCUGACCCCUCGGUGGAGGACAGUUUCCGCAGCGACAGACUGUAAUCGGGCACGCACACAUACACACACAGACUGUAUAGGCCAGGUAGCGUGGGUUAAACUUGAAUGAUCCCCACCUCCCUCACACACUCAUGGCAUACGUAUGCAAUUUUUUAAGGCAUUUACAGACACACACACUAUUACAGAGGAAUAGACUUGUGUACAAUCACUGUUUACAUGGGCUUCACAUGUAAAUGCCACACACACACACGCUCUUACCUACGUUGUGCAUAGUCAUUUGGAACGGAUGGACUGAUGUACCAUUGAUUUGAUAUUAUUUUUUUUAUUUUUUACCAACAUUACAUCAGCACUGAGCAUUACUAUAACGUUACUAUAACGUUCCUAUAGUGUUCCUCCACCUAUAUACAGUUGAAGUUGGAAUUUUACAUACACUUAGGUUGGAGUUAUUAAAACUUGUUUUUCAACCACUCCACAAAUUUCUUGUUAACAAACUCUAGUUUUGGCAAGUCGGUUAGGACAUCU